AUGCUGCAGGCGCGCAGAGGUUUUCUCGCGCCGCGGAUGUCGCCGAAUAAAGAGAGGGCGGACACGGCGGCGGCGGCGGCGAGCGCUUCCGCGGUGCUGGCGGGCGGCGGGAGCAUCACUGAACACCGCAGCGCUGACUUCGACUACGACAGCGGCUCGUUUGGCGCGGCCGCUAUUGCGGCCGCCGUCGUGCCGACGCGACCGUUGUACGCGGCCAUGCACAAUACCAUUCGACUCUGCCAGCGUGCGUUGAUCGCGUUGAUUCAGUUCUGCUCCGACUCGGACGAGACAAACGCGCUGCGGCGCGAGGGCCUCCCGAUCAAGUCACGGCAGUCCCUCUUCUACGACAUGCGCUUCCAUCGACUGCUCUUUGAUGUCGUAAUGGCCCCUUUCCAGCUUUUGCACUCGGCGGAUGCCGAAGCGAUCUACGGCCGCUACAGCACCGCGGGGAACAGCAUCGCCGCCGUAAUGAGAUCCGAUCGCGGCACCGUCGAUCACAUCUACGCGACACUGCGGAUGCACAGCAGCAGCAGGCGUAUUUUAGCUGUUUGUGGAGUGGUCUGUGGCGUAGCAGCGGCGGCGGUGGCAGCGUGA